UCUGCCCUUGUUGCAAAGUCACAAAUGGAAAGGCUCCAGGCCCCCAGGAGUGCUGCUACCAAGCCCAGGCUGAACUGCUGCAGCAGCAAUGGUGGAGCAUCUGGCAGCAACACUGGAAGGGUCUCCUUAGAAGGAGAAGAUAGAACCAGGCUGAGCUGUGGAAGAUGAGUAGGUGAACAGAGAACUCCUGGUUCCUCCUCAAGCUCUCCAGUCUCAGCUCGUUUGCUGGUGCAACCAUUCCUCUUGCUGUGCUUCCCAGCUGCUGCCUGACUUCCUAGCUACCUUGUUACCUAUCCACCCCGAUACAGUGUGGCAAUCCUGAGACCAAUGUGCCUUGCAGUCUUGCGACUCUGCUGCCCUGCUACCACUUCUUCAUCACAUGAGAAUCUGACAGAAUGAAUGUGCAGGCAACAUUUGAUGUAAGCUGGGUAUGAGCUAUGGUGCUCAAGAAGUGUUUGAAAGGGGAUAAGCACAGUAGCGACUGUGGAGUGGAACCGGAUCACAGCCUAAUGAGUAAAGAGCAACUGGACAAGCAGCUUAGCCUGUUUCUACAAGGUUUUGACCACCAGGCCAGGGAGAGCUUGCAAGAAAUGAAGAGAGAACUUGCUUUGCUCUUGCAGACAGCCGAGAAAGCCUUCAGAGUGGAGCUGCUGAUGCUGCCCUUCCAAAUGAGGAACAUGAAGAGGAAAGACCUUCUCCAUCUGAAGGAAGAAGAGGUGGCAGCCGUCUUAGCAAGUACUGAGGCCAAGGACUGUCCUGUGGAAGACCUACCAACCCCCAAAUUGGUGAGGAGCAAUAGCAAGCGAGUUAAAGUUACAACAGUUGUGGAAUACAAAGAGGAGAGGGAACUGAACAGGAUGCCAGCAAAGAAAACUUCUCAAAAAGUGUUUAAUAUCCAUUCACUGGUUUCGUUGGCUUCUGUCAUGAAGGGCAAACAAGGCUCCCCUCGGCACAGAGAUCUGCAGAGGGGGAUUUCCAAGAGUACAUCCUCCGCCGAGAAAAUCUGCGGCGUGACACUCCGGAGUGCUUUGAUACCUUGUGAGAAGGGAGUUCCCUUUGUCAACAUACCUCUGGAUGAUGGGCAGACCCUCUGCUGAGCUGGCAACGACCUCCAGAAGAUCAACAUAGAAUUACUGAAUGACGACACUGUCCAGCAUAUCCAUACUUUAGUGAGCCAACUGACAGUCCUCUGUGGAAAAGCAACUGUUAAGUCGAGCUAAUGGAAUCCAUUGGUGACGUUUUGUCUUGUAUGUGAAUAACUUGGAUAAUCUGCUCAUGAUGCUUU